CAUAAGUGUAAAGUAAUGAAGAAGUUCACGAUAGCUAGGUAUUAUACAAGUUUAAUUAAUUUCGUGUGUGCUACUUAAAGUGCUACGAAGAAACUUUGACUUUUCUAAUAUAUAUUUCUCUAUCUUGAAUCCGAUUCAAGCUUGUGAAAGUCUCUCUGCAAAUCUUGUUGCUCUGUUGCUACAACAAUGGCGCAGAAACAACAGACCCUUCACCAACAACGACCAUUCUCUUCUUCUCCUCGUUCUUAUUCUUCAAUCUCAAACCGUCCCAUCUUUCUCCUUAGCCGCAACGGUCUCCUCCUUGUCCUUCUCGCUCUCUUCCUUCUCCUCGGUGUAUUCUUACCUUGGCCCGGAUCUCCUUUGUUGCUAUUUCCGAACAAAGUCUCUUCUCCUUCUUAUGCUUCUUCUUUGUCUCCGCAUGCCAAAUCUGAAUGGCGUAACUAUACCCUUGCUCAGGCAGCUAAGUUUGUCGCCACGAACGGCACUGUGAUCGUCUGCGCCGUGAGCUCACCAUUCUUGCCUUUUCUCAACAACUGGUUGAUUAGUGUUUCUAGACAGAAGCAUCAAGAAAAAGUCCUUGUGAUCGCUGAGGAUUACAUUACUCUGUAUAAAGUCAACGAAAAGUGGCCUGGCCACGCCGUUCUUAUUCCUCCAGCGCUCGAUUCUAAAACCGCAUACAGUUUCGGUUCCCAGGGUUUCUUCAACUUCACAGCUCGAAGGCCACAACAUCUCUUGCAAAUUUUGGAGCUAGGUUACAAUGUUAUGUACAACGAUGUUGAUAUGGUUUGGUUGCAAGAUCCAUUUCAGUAUUUGGAGGGAAGCCAUGACGCGUACUUUACGGAUGAUAUGCCUCAAAUAAAGCCUUUGAAUCACUCUCAUGAUUUACCAGCGCCGGAUCAAAACGGAGAGACUUAUAUAUGUAGCUGCAUGAUUUACUUGCGACCCACGAAUGGUGCAAAGCUUCUAAUGAAGAAAUGGAGUGAGGAACUUCAGUCCCAAGCUUGGUCUGAGUCCAUCCGUUUUAAAGCAAAUGAUCAGCCUGCUUUUAACUUGGCACUUAACAAAACAGCCCAUCAAGUGGAUCUCUACUUGCUUUCUCAGGUAGCUUUUCCAACAGGAGGAUUGUAUUUCAAUGAUGCGGCAUGGGUUAAAGAGACAAAGGGGAAACAUGUCAUAGUCCACAAUAACUACAUUAUCGGUUACGAUAGGAAAAUGAGACGGUUCCAAGAUUAUGGUCUAUGGCUAGUCGAUGAUCAUGCUCUCGAGUCUCCAUUAGGGAAAUUGCAGUAAAUUCGAAUGGCUAAAGAAAGAUAGAUCCAUUGAGUAAAUUCCUUAGAACUUUUUGGGAUCUUUAAAGGUAUGCGUGAGUGUUAUAUUACAUAUGACUAAUUCAUUAUGACUUGAGUUUUGUUAAUCCAGUUGUAAUGUUUAGUAGAAACAGAGGAAAACAGGGUCCAGUUGUACAUUUUGGUCUUGAGUAAACAAAUGAGAUUCAAGAUGUAUGUCUUGACGUUAUAUGAACACAUGACAAGCACUACUUAAAUACUACAUAUGACAAGCAUUCAUUAUCAAACAAGCACUACUUAAAUACUACAUAUGACAAGCAUUCAUUAUCAAACAAGCACAUGACUCAGACAAUAACUAAUCUGGC